AUCACAUUUGCUUCGAUUCGAUCAUGACAGUCCCCCUCGCAUACAGAUCGAAGCGCUCAUUCGACAUCUCUCAUGAAUCCAUUAGCACCUCGGCUUGCUUUGUUUGAGAAUGCUUGUCGAGUGAUUCGUCGGACUCGCCAGGACACGAUGCACUCCUCCUCAAUGGCUUCGAGGCCGCCCAUCCGGCUGAAAGCCCGGCCGGUCGAACCUCAGUUCGUUGGAACCUCGGCCAUGAAGUUUUCCUGUGAAGCCUCGAAACAAAAGACGAAAGCUGCCUCUGACCAUCAAAUCAAAUCGGAGUGGAUCCAACUGGUGAAUCCGAGCAGCACUCUCAAGCAAGGAUCGGCUGCUCCGGAUAGCGAUCCUCCAAGCCAAGGCGCAAACUUACUAGUCGAACCGGCUCUGACCCGAGAAGUGCUUUCGAGACUCGAUUUGAACCAAUACACUUUGAUCGAGGUGAACUCGAAGACCAACCCGCCGAUCUGUAAGAUCGUCUCCCGCGAAGCUCUCGUCCAGAAAGAACGAACGAAACUGAAACAAAAGAAGGAGCAACAACGAUCGAACCGGCUCGAGAACGUGCUCAAGGAGAUCCAACUCACCUGGAAGAUCGAGCGGAACGACUUGAAUCACAAGCUCAAAGCGGCCCAACAAUCCUUCGAAAAAGCCUACAAAGUCAGAAUCAUCCUGAACCCUCCCAGUCGAUAUCAGCAGAUUGACCAGAAUCAUAAGGAUGAGCUCUUGGCUAUCGUCGAGGAGCAGCUCACCGGCUUUGGCGGUGAACUCGUCAAACAAGAAUCCGAAGCAGGCAAGUUGAUCAUGGAGUGGCAUCCCGUUAACAAGCAACGAUGAUUUUCGUACCUCAUACCCUUAUAGCCGUUGUCAAAUUGCAGCUAAACACUCCAUCGUUUUUGUUUUUCACAUCUCCCGAAAUUCGGUGUUUUUUUUUCACUGCCUCUCGUCCUUGUAUAGAAGAUACCUGAGAUUCAUCAUCACGUGGCUUGUCCGCUUUGUUCCAUGUCAAGAUUGUAUGUUAAUACUCUCUAGUUCGUGAAUCUAAAAUCCCGUUCACUCCACACCAGAACGUCAUGUAUUUUUUUUUUUUGGUUGAGAAUUGCCACUCCAUUGCAACAAUAAAAACUUGAACAUAUAAAAUAAGUAAGCUGACCAGACUAUCGGUAGCAUCAACAAGCUUGUACUCCAAGAACUUUAAAUCUAUAUUUGAAUCCGAAAUGGCACCGCACAACUGUAGCUCAAAGCAAAGCAAAGAAAGAAGAAUGCGAAUCCAUACAUGAAAUCACAAAAAAAAGAACAAAACAGACAACAGAAGA